GCACUGCGAUACGCCGGACGGACUGAGUGACUAGACUGGGCACUGGACUGGCGCAAACAAGUGUAACUACCAAAACUCGUAGAGAACUUCAACUUGUAUGUAAAUCAUCACGAUGAAGAAGAGUGAGUGUGCUACGUUGCAUGCAAACCUAUAACUUCUGCAGCACCGUUUAUUUCCUGCACCGUAUAUGCACGCGCGUAACUUUUGACCUGCAGCCGCGCUCUCGCGCUGCACCAGACGCCAGUCCGGCCAGCACGAGCCGCCGCGCGCAAAACUGCUUCUUUAUUUUCUUAAGAAAACUGUCCGAAAAGAGCAGAAAAGCUAGCUUUAAACCGAUGGAGAUUUUAAAAUGAAUUAUUUCCUAGUCAGAACUGAACUUUUUUUUUUUUCGUAAAUGUGACAUUGGGCGAAGGUUUUGCUCGACACCUGAGCCCUGAGGCGCUGCCAAGAAUUAACUAGCACAGUACUAGUAGGUACAGACUGGUUAAACGUUUACUACUGUGAAUGACCGACCUUCCUUCGGGUCGGAUCAGCCUUUCUAUGCAGUUUCCUUACCCAAUAGGUGUCCGAGUGAGCCGUUCAGUGUUGGACCUUUUGAGAAUUGAGAGCUGCUUUUCCAUCCCAAUGUGAACAGACAUCCAUCUUUUGAUGACACCCAGUCUUAGACUAAAGGGAGGCAGAGGAACAGCAUGGUGGUUGUGGUUUCUGUGCCACCAUGUCAUGUGUCUUUUCUUUAAUCCCGUGCACAGUCGCGGUGCUGCCUUGAACGUGAACACUUCUGUGAAAUCCUCCACUCUAAAUUCGUCGCUUAUUUAUUACAACCUCGAUGCCUCGCUGUAGCAAAUUUAAUCAUGUUUGUCACACUACUGCCUAGCCGCCGGCGCUGUGAAACUUUCCAUUUCACUUAUGAACUUGUGAAGUUCCUUGCCAUGUUUUUUUAAAUGCUGUUUGUGUUUCACAUUACCAGCAGGAAUCUUCCUACUCAUUUCUUACUUACUGUCUUUUUUCUUUUUUUAAAACCUCUCCCUUUGAGUUUCACAAGUUUGUAGGGUUUUUUUUUUUUGUUACUUCAAGACACUAUGCUGCUUGUAUUUUUACCUAUUAAUCAACAAUUAUCGAGCCGACCAAUUGGAUCCACGUAUGCAAAUAAGAUCAUCUUUAUCAAGUGCCCUUAGGUUGUUUAUCCAUAAGCAAAGUACAACAGCCAAAGUAUAAGGAGAUAAUUCUGCUCUGUGCAUUGGGACAUGUAAAGGCCAGUGGAAAGUUCACUGUAGAUCAAAGCUCCUGGCUCCACUUGCACGCAGUGUGAACCACAUCGGUGUGGUGGAUGAGCCGUGAUGUGAAGCUGGGGGCUGUUGGCAAAAGGCGCUGGCAGCGUGAAAUCCGGGCCUGGACGGGAGACGUGGAGCACCCCUUUCUCCACGUCCACCCCUGCCAGCCGGAGGUGAAGACCGAGCGAGAUCAGUGCUUGCAAGAGGACACAUUCAGGAGCAGACCCUCAGCGAGCACUCCACCUGUACCCCGGUGGUGUCCCAGCCUCCCGCUUUUAUGGGGCAGCAGCCAGGGAAGGUCGUCGGGGACCAGCGGAGGCCCAGUCUGCCGACUUUGCCUUUUAUCAAGGGGGGGAAGCGCGAGGCUCCACGGCAUGGGACCACCCCUUGCAAUGUCUUCGUGGUUCAUGAAGCUCUUCAGCGGCCUGACUUUGAGCCACAUGGUCUCACAGAAGCCGCCCGCUGGAACUCGAAGGAGAACCUGUUGGCAGGAUCAAGCGAAAAUGACCCCAACCUCUUUGUCGCACUCUACGACUUUGUGGCAAGUGGCGACAACACUCUCAGUAUCACUAAAGGAGAGAAGCUCCGAGUACUGGGCUACAACCACAAUGGCGAGUGGUGCGAAGCGCAAACCAAAAACGGGCAGGGGUGGGUGCCCAGCAACUACAUCACGCCAGUGAACAGCCUGGAGAAGCACAGCUGGUAUCACGGGCCUGUGUCACGCAACACAGCCGAGUACCUGCUCAGCAGUGGUAUAAACGGCAGCUUUCUGGUGCGGGAAAGCGAGAGCAGCCCAGGCCAGAGGUCCAUCUCGCUGCGCUACGAGGGACGGGUUUACCACUAUCGCAUCAACACGGCCUCCGAUGGCAAGCUUUACGUGUCAUCAGAGAGCCGCUUCAACACGCUGGCUGAGCUGGUACAUCACCACUCCACAGUGGCGGACGGCCUGAUCACCACGCUGCAUUACCCUGCACCCAAGCGCAACAAACCCACAGUGUACGGCGUCUCGCCUAACUACGACAAAUGGGAGAUGGAGCGCACUGACAUCACCAUGAAGCACAAGCUGGGUGGUGGCCAGUACGGCGAGGUCUAUGAGGGGGUCUGGAAGAAGUACAACCUUACCGUGGCUGUCAAGACCCUCAAGGAGGACACCAUGGAGGUGGAGGAGUUCCUCAAGGAGGCUGCAGUCAUGAAGGAGAUCAAGCACCCCAACCUAGUGCAGCUGCUGGGGGUGUGCACACGUGAGCCACCUUUCUACAUCAUCACAGAGUUCAUGACCCAUGGAAACCUACUGGACUACCUACGCGAGUGCGACCGCCAAGAGGUGAACGCUGUGGUGCUUCUCCACAUGGCCACACAGAUCUCCUCUGCAAUGGAGUACUUGGAGAAGAAAAACUUCAUCCACAGAGACCUGGCUGCUAGAAACUGCUUGGUUGGGGAGAACCACCUGGUAAAGGUGGCAGAUUUCGGUCUGAGCCGGCUGAUGACGGGAGACACGUACACGGCCCAUGCCGGCGCCAAGUUCCCUAUAAAGUGGACGGCCCCAGAGAGCCUGGCAUACAACAAGUUCUCCAUCAAGUCGGACGUCUGGGCCUUUGGAGUACUGUUGUGGGAAAUUGCCACAUAUGGCAUGUCCCCUUACCCCGGUAUUGACCUGUCCCAAGUGUAUGAGCUGCUGGAGAAGGACUACCGCAUGGAGAGGCCUGAGGGCUGUCCAGAAAAGGUCUACCAGCUCAUGCGAGCUUGCUGGAGAUGGAACCCUUCUGAGAGACCAUCCUUUGCAGAGACCCACCAAGCCUUUGAAACCAUGUUCCAGGAAUCAAGCAUAUCAGAAGAGGUGGAGAAAGAGCUUGGGAAAAGGGGGAAGAAGGCACCCGUGGCCUCCAUGCAACAGGCCCCUGAGCUGCCCACCAAGACCAGGACCGUGCGGCGAAAUGUGGACCGAGAUGGAGACAGCCCAGCAGAUGCUGCAGAUGUGGAGGUGGCGAUGUCCCCCAUGCUGCCCAGGAAGGAGAGGUCACUCCUGGAUGGCAAUCUGAAUGAGGAUGACCGGCUGCUACCCAAGGACAAGGACCGCUCCAGGAGCAGCCUCUUCAACCUCAUUAAGAAGAAGAAGAAGACUGCUCCAACACCACCCAAACGGAGCAGCUCUUUCCGGGAUGCAGAGUUACUCACAGAGCGCAAGACUGGGAUUCUGGUCCUGGGGGAUCCCAGGGACGAGCUCAACCAUGGCUCCUUGAUCAAUGAUAUUAAUCAAGGCAUUGACCUCAGCAAGUUACAGAAUGCCAAUAACAAUGGUGUUGGAGGAGUUGCCAACGGGGCACCUGGACACCCAGGACCCUCUACUCUUCUCCCAGCAACCUCCCGGAAGAAGCCCCCUCCCUUGGUUCCAGCCAUUGGAGGAAGGAUGGCAACCACCCCAACAGGGGAGGAGGAGAUGAUGUCCAACUCCAAACGCUUCCUGCGAUCAUCCUCGGCAUCCAGCAUGCCCCCCGGCUCAGAGUGUAUGGACAGGAAGUCGGUCACGCUGCCUCGCAAUCUGGAGGCGCGGCACUUUGACUCGGGCACCUUUGGGGGCCGCCACGACAAGCCUGCCUUGCCGCGCAAGAGAGCUAAUGAAAAACUGGAAAGCAGCGCCCGCUUCGGGACCCUCACUCCUCCACCGCGACUGCCAAAAAAGUCGGACGACGUGUUGGACGAGGUCUUCAAGGACACAGAGUCCAGCCCAAGCUCCAGCCCGCCGACUCUGACACCCAAGAUGGGGCGCCGGCCACCAUCACAUGGUGACAUCUGCAGGACCAGCUCCCUCCAGGCUGAGCUGCUGAAGCCCAAUGUAUUCCCUGCCCUGGGGGCGGCGGGGGAGGAAUGCCGCCUACGCCGGCAGCACAAGGACAAAGGAAAAUUCCAGAAGCCCAAACCAGCGCCGCCGCCACCUCCUCCCUUGACUGUGAAGUCUGGGAAGGUUCCCUGGAAUUCCAUGCGUGAGCUUUCUCCGGACGCUAAAGCCAAAACCUCCUCGCAAGGUUCUGAGCACCCAGUUGAACAGGGCAGGACCCCACCAGAGACCACCAAGAAACCAAGUCUGAGCUGCGGUUCCAAACUAGCGUCGCCCAAACCCUCCACUGCGGGGUCCCCGACUGCCUCGCAGCCGCCAGCCUUGGGAUCCGGGCCCUCUGGCAACGAACAAGCUUCUCCAACAGCCUUCAUCCCCCUCGUGACAACCCGGCGGUCCCUGCGCAAAGCCUGGCAGCCCCCCGAUCGGCAGCCAAGCUCGAUGGCCACGCGGGAGAUGGUACUAGAGGGCACAGAGCAGCUCCGCGCCGCCGUCGACCGCAAUUCGGAGCAGAUGGGUAGCCAUAGUGCCGUCUUGGAGGCCGGUAAAAAUCUGUCCAAGCACUGCAUCAGCUACGUGGAGUCCAUACAGCAGAUGAGGAACAAGUUUGCUUUCCGCGAGGCCAUCACCAAGCUGGAGAGUAGCCUUCGGGAGCUGCAGAUCUGCCCUGCGGCCAACGGGGGUGCUGCGGCGCUGCCGGACUUCACCAAACUGCUGUCCUCCGUCAAGGAGAUCAGUGACAUUGUCCAGAGGUAGCAGCUGAGCCACCGGCCUGCCGCUAAAGCCUGACGAGCAGUGUGACGGUUCCCAGUUCUCCAAGAUGGGCCAGUGGGGGGAUGCCAGAGGACAAAAAGGACACCCCAAUCCCCCCCCCCCUGCUGCUGUAGUCGCCAGAGGUCAGAGGUCAAAUCACAAGGAAGGUUUUCCAUGCACAGAAUCCAUGGAUUAUUGCGAGAUUUUUACUUUCCUUUUGUUUAUAUGCAAAGUGCUGUAUCUAGACAGCAUUUUAAGAGGCCAAAGUCAUUUGAUCAUACAAGAAAACUGAAAUUUAAGUGAGAAAAAUCUACUAAGUUUUUUUGAAUAUGUGUUUUUAACACACACAAAUGUUGAAUUUUACAGUGGCUUUUUUAGACAGUACCACAGUUGUUCCUGUAACGCUUUCCGGAGAGCGCUACCCUGCCCCAUUCCGAUGGUUUUGUUCUCUGGGGGGUGGGAAGGGCCACACUACAGCUCAAGUGCCUUGAAAUGCCAAAUAGAGUGAGAGGCUCUCAAAGGUAGGUGGAGCAAUGUGCCCUUUCCUUUACACUACAUCAGAAUAAUGUCUGUAGCAGUGGAGAUCAGUCUAACUCAAACACUAGGAAACAAGCUGGCUGCAAAAUAUCGUCAUAUUUUAAAAGUUUAAUUCAUGGCUUUUUUUUUUUUUUUUUUUAUUUUUAUUUUUAACGGUUUACAUCCAUUUAUUUAAUUUGUCACAAAACUCUCAGGAGCUCCGUAACGGUCUCACAGAUUCGUUUGCUUUUACUCGUUUGGGGACUGGCCAUCGUAGUGUCACUUACUUUCUUGGGGGUUUUUUUUUUUUUUUUUGACUGCAGGAUUUGUGAACCAAAAAAGCUUCCAUCAAGGGCUUUUUGGUGAGGGUAAAGGAGAAUAUGUGAUGGAGGUGUUAUUAAUAAUGUACACAUAACUGUGAGAUCAGUCACUUUGUAGUCGUCAGUGUUUACCCUGCAGGAUCUGGCCCCUGUCAUUUGUAAAAACAGUGUAACAUACCAGUUGUGGUCCUGUGCUAUUAGUCCUCACGUUGCCUUUACCUGGGAUGACCAGAUGGACGGACAGAUGGCCAGCUGCCUUCACUUCAACACGGUACUGUUCCUGUUGAUGCUUUUCAUUUUUGGUGUUUUAUUCAAAAACCUUCAUACCACUAUUUUCUGUUCAUUUGAGCUGCAUCCCCGUUUCGCAGAGCAGUGGUUUUGGAGCCGCCUCCUGGACGAGCCCCUCGCGAGCUGCUUUUCCUGCAGCCGCAGUUUUCCAACACUGAACGUAUUCAAUGGAGGGAAGUAAUCUUUUUUUAGGCUUUAAGAUAAAUUCCUAUUAGAGCAUUUAGAUUGGAAAAUGGGUACUUCAUGGCUAUAACAUUCUCCAGUUCUUUCAUUUUUAUAGCCUUAUGAAAAUGGAUACCCCCCCCACCACUACACCAUUGAAACAAACUGAGCUCUGUAGGGAAAGCAGCCCAGCGCGGAGGCCAAAGGGGGGGAUGAGGCUGAAACCAGUGGCGCUCAUUUAUAGUCACAUUGCUCGCCUUUGUAAAUAUGUUUCGAUUCCUGUUCCUGACCAUAACCUUGGUGCAAUUUUUUAAAAAUAAAUACAGAGCAGUUGUCUUACUUGAAAAACAUCUGAGCCUUUCCUGUGCCUUGUAGUGCUGUACAGUUUACUCUUGCAGCCCCCCAGUUUUACGUUUUCCCAGUCAUGGUGUGUACAUGUUUCCUCUUCCAGCUGCUCUCCUUACACUGCAGGUCUGUGCAUUUAUGGACAGUUGAGCUUUUUCUGAUGCAUUUUGGCAGUGCAUGACAUCAGUUUUGUUAAAGGAAAUACAUGUCUGUGUUUAUAUUAAUUUUCUGUAUCGAAAUGCUGCCCUUGCACUGUGGGACUGAAGUUGGGAUCCGCCAGGCCUCCUCCGUCUCAUUUCCACAACCUUUAAAAGCACUGAUUAGAUCCAAACACCACUAAGUUCUCUCAUCCCGUUGUUCGUUCGUUCGUUCGUUCGU